AAAGACAACCACAAUGCGUAAAUCUGAAUAAAGUAAAGUUUUAAGUUUACACAGUAUGUCUCGUACAGGAGUAAUUGUUUUUCUUUUAAUAACGAUAAUUGCUGGCGCAUUGACGUCAAGCAUGGGUGGCUGUGGAAAAAACGAAGAAUGGUCACAGUGUAAUGGACACUGCAACAACUAUUGCAACUCGGGACCUGUUAGUUGCAUCACGCAAUGCAUCUCUGGAUGUCAUUGUGCACCUGGAUACGUAAGAAACAAAGAUGGUGCUUGUGUUUUGCCUGAAAAUUGUUAAAUAUCAAACAAACAAUAUAUCGUUUUAAUAACGCUUGAAUUAAAAUAUUUUGAAAAAAUCCUGGUUGCCUUAUUCUUGCUGAGAAACGUGUGCUUUCAGUCGUGUAAUAAUAUGUAAAUGUCACUUGUUCAAAUGAACAACGAGAGAGACCAAUAUGAUGUAACUGCAAUGACCCAGCGGAAGGUCACGACUAUAAUCUUACGAUAAAGUCGUCGUAAUACUCACGAAUCGAUAUUAUCAAAUAAGAACAAACGUUAAAUCGUAUCAAAAAAUAUAAUAGUAUCAUAUUAAAUUGUUACGUAUCAAAUAACUGAUUUCGAAACGUAAAAGUACCUAAAAAUAGCACUUACAGCACGUCAAUUUGAAGUUUAAAAUUUAAUAAAAAAGACUACAUAAACAGUUCAUCAAGAUUAUUUACACAAAUAGAAUAACUCUAUAUUGCAACAAAGAAUUAGCGUAUGUCCCAUCACCAAACGCCUAUAUCUCAAAAUUCACUUAGUUUGUAUUAAAAAUAUUGAUGAAACAUU